AAAAGAAUCAUUGAAACUUGAAAAAGAAGUUGCGCAUCCGCGCUAACCUGACGCGGCUAUGGUCAUGGCGGACGUGGCAGGUCGCAUUUGAGCUGAGCAUCAUCUCCCCCAUGCCAUGGCGGGGCGGACUCACAGCUGGUGCAGCAGGACGCGGUUUGGAGGAGAUCUGAUGAAACUUGAGUUCAUGGGGCCUGUUGAAGAUCCAAUGUUCAUUCUUCCAGUGAGAAGACGAGGAUCAACAAGCCCCACGUUUGCGCCGCAAUGGGAGAAGUGUAUUUGACAAUUGCAACGCCGCUGAUAAUGUUGCAGCAGAACGGCAGAGAGGCCUCUUUCUUUGGCUUCGUUUCUUCCCUUGAUCGCUCACAGGACAAGACGCCCACCUGUUGAAGCUCAUCCCAAUUUAGGGUUUGCGAGGCUCCAAACCAUCUGUUGGUCAGAGUUGCAUCAUGGCUGCCAAGUCGUCAAAAGAUCGUACUACUAUCAUAUCUCCAGGAGUUUCAUCUGGAAUAGGCGCACUAGCUGGAGUCAUUGAAGUUGCCCUGCAGCAGCCUCAUGUGGCCUGGAAGAAUGCAGUUCAGGACAACAGACCGGUACCCUGGACUCGCCCGGCGCAGUUGUACAGAGGGGCGCUCGUGAAUGCUGGCUCGAUGGCCCCAAUAAAUGCUAUCCAGUUUGGGGUAGAUAAGCUCCUCUCAGAAGCUUUGCUGGCAAGAGGUCGCAAAGUCUCUGAUGCUGGCAAGAUCGGGGUUGCAGCAUCUGCGGGUGCGGUGUCUGCGCUGGUCGGAUGUCCCGCUGAGCUCAUCAUGAUUCAGCAGCAGAAGCAAGGGGGUUCUCUGGCGAGCCAGCUUAGGCAAGUGGUGCAACAGCACGGGGUCACGGCAUUCGCCAAAGGGCUGGGCCCCACUGUCAUCCGAGAGAGUAUAUACACUGGCACAUACCUGGGUGCCAACCCGCUCAUCUGCUCAAAGCUGCAGCAGCUCCAGCCAGGGUUGUUCGCAGAUCGUCCAGUGGCAGCAAUGGUGGUCGCCUCCAUCGUCUCAGGCCUUGCAGCGGCAGGCCUGACUCAACCGGUUGAUGCCAUCAAAACGAAGUUGCAAGCAAACCUUGGAAACCCAGCAUACAGCUCGGUGACGCGGACUGCAGCCUCCAUGAUUAAGGAACGAGGAGUGCUGUCCCUGUGGAGUGGAUUGCUACCCCGAUCUCUGCGCAUUAUUGGCGCUGUUUUCAUCUUGGGCGAAGCAAAGAAACGACUAGAGGCAGGCUAUCUCUCAUUGACGGCAAGCCAAGAUGUAACUACUCUGAAGGCCCCGCUCUAAAGCAGUCGGUCAUGUAUGUCCAGAAAUCACAAAUGAAUCCCUGAUUCUUAACGUCAUGAUGAAUCCGCAGACACACUAUUUAUUAAUCAUAAACAUACAACCAAGUGAACAUUUCACAAGUUGCCCGCACAGGUAUCAUUAGAGCAGCGAUAAACUGAGGUGAAGGUGAUAGAUCGAGGUCAGACUAGGAUCGCGUGUAGGAGCCAUCUGUAUGUAUAGAUUAUGAAGACUAUCUACCGGAGACAAUUGAUAAACCGAUAAACCUGCGCUUAAAAGCACUUUAAACCUGGUGGGAUUCACCUCUCGAAUGGUAAGUGAGGGCCAUAGUAAAAGUGGAGUAGGAACUUAAGGUCGGGCAUAACCUCAAGUUUCUGCUGCAGACCACUUUGUUUGCUAGGGGUGUUUUAGAGGGGCCCGCCAUAACUCCAGAAGGAUUCGGCCACAUUCCUAGCUAGAGCAUGCAAGAAAGAUUGAUGUGGUAAAUUACCC